AUGGCACACCUCCCUACCCAUUUCCAUGAACCUGUCCACAUUGCAGUGAUUGGCGGAACCGGCCUCCAAAAGCUCGAAGGCUACCACCCCGUCGCAACGGUCAAUCCUCUGACUCCCUGGGGUCACCCCUCAGCACCCAUCCACAUUCUCAAGCACAACGAUGUUCCCAUUGCCUUCCUGUCUCGACACGGGCAAUACCACCAGUUUGCUCCACACGAGGUGAAUUCUCGAGCGAAUAUUGCGGCGUUGAGAAGUAUUGGGGUCAGGACUGUUAUUGCGUUCAGUGCCGUGGGCAGUUUGCAGGAGGACAUCCGGCCGAGGGAUUUUGUGGUCCCGGAUCAGAUUAUUGAUAGGACAAAGGGGAUUCGACCAUUUACGUUCUUUGAGAAGGGUGUUGUUGGCCAUGUUGGAUUUGCGGAUCCUUUUGAUGGCAAGAUCGGAAAGGUCGUAAGUGAUUGCGGCCAUGCAUUGGCUGGAGAUGGUGUAAGAAUGCAUGACAAGGGCACCGUCGUCUGCAUGGAAGGACCACAAUUCUCCACCCGUGCCGAAUCCAAUUUAUACCGCAGCUGGGGCGGCUCUGUUAUCAACAUGUCCGCACUCCCCGAAGCCAAACUUGCUCGUGAAGCCGAAAUGGUCUAUCAAAUGAUCUGCAUGGCCACAGAUUAUGACUGCUGGCACUCAACGGAAGACGUCGAUGUAGCUAUGGUCAUGGGUCACAUGGAAGCCAAUAGUGGAAAUGCCAAGCGUCUCGUGGGUGCGGUGCUGGACGAGUUGAGCAAAUCAGAGCAUGCCGAUUUGGUUAAGGGGACGCAUUGGGAGGGACAAAGUACGGGGAUGCUUCAAUUUAUGACAAAGGAAGAGGGCCGAGGCUUGGUGGGUGUGAAGAAUGUGGAGUAUUUAUUCCCAGGGGUUUUUGGGCCACCGACGGAGGAGAAAUUGGGGAGUAUGAAUGAGUGA